AUGCAGCUUAUGAUGAGUGAAAUGCCUACAAUGCCUGGUGAUGGCACUGUACUGUUUGGCACUGAAUAUUCUCACUUUGCUGUAAAGCGUGAGGACGAGCAUCGAGCAUUUUUUGGAAAUAUUCAGCCUGGACUUGCGUUUGCACUGAGCAGCACGUUCGAGCCAAAAGUUUGUGGCUUAGGAAUUAUCGCCACUACAACGCAUGCAAGUAUCUCCUAG